AUGGGUCGCCUUGCUGAGAUGCAGAGGAAGCUCCUCGAGCAAAUGAUGGGUCCGGAAGCCAUGGGUGUAUCCAACGCCAACUUACACUGGUCGGACGAGAAAGUUUGCAGGAACUUCUUGUGUGGAACAUGCCCGCACACUCUCUUUACGAAUACCAAAAUGGACCUCGGCGCAUGCCCCAAGUCACAUACCGAACGUCUAAAGACUGAGUUCCUCGCCGCACGCGAGGCAAAUCCGAGCGACCCCAUCUUCGCCCGUUUCCAGACGGAGUACGAAUCGAACAUCUUCGCGUUCGUGGACGAGUGCGACAGGAGGAUUCGGGCCGCGCACAGGCGGUUGGAGAAGACUCCCGAAGAGAACGCGAAGACAACAAAUCUGAUGAGGGAAAUUGCCGAAAUCGAGUUGGCCAUCCAAGGUGGCACGGAAAAGAUCGAGACGCUUGGUGAGCAGGGCAAGGUGGACGAGUCUAUGCGGGAGAUGGCUGCUAUCGAAGCCUUGAAGAGCGAGAAGGCGGAUAAGGAGCGCGAGUUGCAACAACUCACGGACACCUCUGGAGCGUCCGGCCACCAGAAGCUUCGUGUCUGCGACGUCUGUGGCGCAUACCUGUCCGUGCUCGACUCCGAUCGUCGUCUCGCUGACCACUUCGGUGGUAAGAUGCACUUGGGUUAUCACGAGCUGCGAAACAUGCUGGUCAAGUUCAAGGAGGAACGCGACAAACGCAAGAUGGGUCCUCCCUCCACCACCCCCUCCGGUGCCACGCCGUCAGGCACUCCCGCACCAGGCGGGCCGCCGCCUCGCGGUGGCGAUCGCGGCGACUUCCGUUCGUCGCGAGACGACUACCGCGAGCGCGACCGGGGCUACGGCGAACGCGGCGGGUUUUCGCGUCAUGAGUGA